CCGAGGGCGCAGUGGCCAGUUGCGCUUCAAGAGGCUCGCGGAAGGGUUCCAAGGAGCGACCUGACUCUUCACUCAGACACAUCAAUCACCAUGUGGAAGCUGUUGACUGUUGUUCUGCUGGUGGCGGCCGCACAGGCCAAGGAGCAGAGGUCCAGCUCGUACGACACGGCCGACUCGUACCAGCAGAGCUCCUACUACCCGGCUCCCGAGUAUGACGGAUAUAGCAAACCCGGUAUCAGCCUAUUCAACACUGACCUCGAGGGCUGGAUCAACCUGGGUCUGAACGUGCUCAUCCUGGUGCUCAUCGGCUUCGUGGCAUUCACCAUCAGCGCGUCCGUGGGUAGCGUAAUCGAGAACGCCGACGAGCGGCACUUCAACCUCGGCGGCAUGGACGUGGUCGGCACCAUCGAGCGCCUGCAGAAACUCUACGACAGCGUGGUGGCCAAGCAGGCCUAGAAGACCCCCAGCCGCCCUGGAUCAUAAAUGACACUGUUGUUACGUGGGAAGAUGAGGAGUGUGAUCAGCCAGCUUAGUCUUGGCAUUGUUAUUUUGUUUUGUCAAUCUGUACACGGUGGCCCAGCCGCUCAAUGUCACGCAUACGGGUAUCCGGGGCAUUGUCAAUAUCAUCCCUUUGUUGACGCACUGUCAGGGAGAAAGGAGCACUGAAAUGUUGUGUAACUUACUGUGUACGUGCUAUGCGCGAUUUGAUAAUAUAUUUGUUUGCUAUUU